UUAUCAGUUCAUUAACUUGCUUUUAUUUUUUAGACUUUUGUCGUGACUGUUACGCUAAUGAAACUAUUACUAAAUCAUUGCUAUUAACUGUUUCAAAAUUAUAUAAGUUAAUGCCUACAAGAAGAGAAACAGUUUAGCUGCGAAAGCUAAUAAUUGUCAGAGGUGGACUUAAAACAGUGUUUAUAAAGAUGUUUACUUCGUUAGUUUGUCGUUUGUUGCUGGUGAUUUCAGCGUUCGCCACUAAUACGUACGCCGAUGGAAUUGAAGGUGGCGUAGCCACUACAAUUAAGGCACACCCUUAUCUCGUCUCCAUACAGGGAACCGAUGGCACACGCGUCUGCGUUGGCGCUCUAAUCAGUUCCAAUAUUGUGGUUACUGCUGCACAGUGUUUGACUUUCUACGAUAGUUCCCAAUUGGUCGUGGCCGUCAAUAACGGUGGUCGAGUAGUAAAAAUUGCCGCCAGUACUUUCGAUAUAAAAUUCGAUCCAGAAACUAAUGCCUAUGAUGUGGCCCUUCUGAAGUUGGCAGAGUCCGUGAAUUUAGGUACUAUUAAUGUAGCGAGCAAAUUGCCGAGUACAGGUACUAGUGGCGUAGUCAGCGGUUGGGAUGCAAACAAUAACUUGGUAGACAUAACUGUGAGUGUCAUAAGCCGCAAGGAUUGCGUGUCUGGAAAGUACCGUUAUAGCAAGGACGAUGUAUUGAAGAGUAUGGUUUGCGGCCUGGCUAAGAGUAGCAAUGCUUGUGGCGCAGUAGGCGGUAGUCCUUUGGUUGUAAACAAUGAAUUGGUCGGUUUGGCUUCUUGGGGUAACGGCUGUGGUAACAAAGGUAAUCCAGCUAUUUAUACUGAUAUACCAUCUGUAAAAUCAUGGAUUACAAAAACUGCUAAGACAUUGUAAAAUCGUCUGCUAUGUAUACGGCCUAUAUACCUACACGAAAUCAGAAAAGUGUUGCCUCGAUGAGUUCAGUUCUAAAUUCUUUGAAGGUAGCCUUAAUCUUAUCUAUUGUCAAUCAAGAAAACUAAAUUAGCAACAAUGUUUAUUUUAAAAUAUUAAUUAAUCAGUAAAGAAAUAUGUCAAAUAAUGGAAUAAUAAAAUAUAUAUAUAUUCAAUUUAUCAACAUCAAAAGUAAA